UCUGCGCCCUUUAUACCCACUUCCGCCCACGAGCCACUUCCUUUUCUUUCAGCAGCUCGCGACGGUAAGAUGGCGGUGCAAAUUUCCAAGAAGAGGAAGUUUGUUGCUGAUGGCAUCUUCAAAGCUGAACUGAACGAGUUUCUCACCCGGGAGCUGGCUGAAGAUGGCUACUCUGGAGUUGAGGUCCGAGUUACACCAACCAGGACAGAAAUCAUUAUCUUGGCAACCAGGACACAGAAUGUUCUUGGUGAGAAGGGCCGGAGGAUCCGAGAAUUGACUGCUGUGGUUCAGAAGAGGUUUGGCUUCCCUGAGGGCAGUGUAGAGCUUUAUGCUGAAAAGGUAGCCACAAGAGGUCUGUGUGCCAUUGCCCAGGCAGAGUCUCUGCGUUACAAACUCCUAGGAGGCCUUGCUGUGCGGAGGGCCUGCUAUGGUGUACUGCGGUUCAUCAUGGAGAGUGGGGCCAAGGGCUGCGAGGUUGUGGUGUCUGGGAAACUCCGAGGACAGAGAGCUAAAUCCAUGAAGUUUGUCGAUGGUCUGAUGAUCCACAGUGGGGACCCCGUUAACUACUACGUUGACACUGCCGUACGCCAUGUGCUGCUCAGGCAGGGUGUGCUGGGCAUCAAAGUGAAGAUCAUGCUUCCUUGGGACCCAAGUGGUAAGAUUGGCCCUAAGAAGCCUCUGCCUGACCAUGUGAGCAUUGUGGAACCCAAAGAUGAGAUACUGCCCACCACUCCCAUCUCAGAACAGAAGGGUGGGAAGCCAGAGCCACCUGCCAUGCCCCAGCCAGUACCCACAGCAUAACAGGGUCUCCUUGGCAGCUGGAUCUGGAGUCUGGAUGUUGCUCUAUAAAGACCUUUAAAUAAAAUCCUUUAAAAAUAUGCAUGGCCUGAUUAGACUGUACAUCCAGUAUUCAGACUGAGGGUCAUGUCGCCCCAUUGGAGCAUUACUUGAUCUUAGAGUUGCUUGGCUCAUAGUGUUCUGUUGUUUCCCUGAAAUCCUCUUGGUUUCAACUGCACUUAAUGAGGCAGUGCCAGAACAGGCAGACCAAGCAGAGCUAACCAGAGAGAUACCCUGUUGGGGGUAAAUGGAGACAGUGAGGGCUGAUCAACUCAUUUGUAGUUCAGGAUUAUAGGUUUAGAAGAGGGAUAUUUGUAAGAUGAUUUCCUUGAUGCAUAAGGGAAUCUACAUUGCAGAUAGAAAAUAAAUACACUGGUCAUUAU